CCCCUAGCAACAGAUUGAUUACACAUGGCCUUUCCUGGGAAAAGUUUCUAUACUUCAUAACUGUGCACAGAGGGAUGGCAGUUGCCAUGGAAUCACAGCAGCUACCUGCAAUAAAGCAACUUUCAGCACCAACAAAAAGUAAAAAAUCUGAAGCAAUGCCAAAACACAGUCUCUUUGGUACAGCUCUGGAAGUUUUUGACCCAGAGGAGCGUGAAGCAAUAAAUAAAAUUGACCUCAAAACACAGAGAAUACCAAGUGGUCGAAAACAUGUACAGCGUUAUGUUGUUCCUGAGUUUAUUAAAAAUCACUUAAAAGGAAAAACCAUUGCCAUUGAGAAAACUAAAAAGGAGAUAGAAAAGCAAAAGUCUGCUGUUGAAUCAGCCAGAAAAUCUUUACAAGAAGCUGAGGAGAGUGCCAAGAAAUUUAAAAUGGAUGUUUACGAGGGAAUGAGGGAGGGGGAUCCAACUCCCCGGCAACAGUUGCUGAUGUCCAUGGAAGCCUCGAACAUGCUCAAACAAAUGAACAGAGUAGGACUCAAUGACAGAAACAGUUACAAUAGGGAUAAAUAUGGCCCUAAGCCCAGUGUGCAUAGUUAUAGCUUGAUGGGAGAUGUCAUGCGUCCAAGAAACAUGGAACUUCCAACCCGAAGGGAAAACUCAGAAUAUCCAAUGAAAUUAAAGGAAAAGAAAGAAAAAAUAGAAACAGUGCUCCCGCUUGGACCCGAGGACACGAACCAGUCUGCAAGAGGUUCUUCUCGCAGAAGCCUCCCCUUGGAUUUGCCAGAAAAUAUCCGCCAUCAGUUCGGAAGCAAAGUCUGCGAUUCUUUACUCAGUGACGAAAAAGUGGUUGAGAAAACCAUGCAAAAGCAGCAAGAGGACAAAGACGCUGCAUACCGAGUCCGUAAACCGGUUUCGGUUCCAACCAUCGAAAAGAACCUCAAACCAGAUUAUGAACAGUUAGGAAAUUUCAUGAGGAUGAACAUGUUUCCUGGAUAUAACAUCAACCACAAAAUCAGCACCACUAAAUCAACAUUCACAGACUCCGUACACCUCCAGCGUGUUCCUGACCCAGAUAAAUGGAGGUACCAGCGAGAUGAACUUAGUACUUGGGCAGAAUUCAACAUUAUAAACGAACGCAUGAAAAAAAGCUGGAAUGAUUAUCUCUCGAGUCAACCCAAAGCAGAAGUCAACUGGAGUAGAAAUGCUGCACCGAAACCCAAACCUCAACCUGAUCCACCUAAACCAAAACCAGUGAAAAAGAAACCAGCUCAAAAACAAGAAAACCCUUCAAAACCAGAAUUUGAGGAGAUUGUGUUCAAAACACCCCCUAUAACUCCCCCUCCUGAUCAAGGGCCUGUUAAACUGGCCCCCAAAGCAAAAAAAGACAAUGAAUUUUGGGAUUUUUAUGAUAAAGGAGGAAAAGAUUCAUAAUUUUAUGCAUAUUUUUCAAAAGAGUUUUUUUUAUAUAUGUAUUCAAUGUUACAGUAUUAUCUUCUAAUCAUUUCUUGAGACCCCCCCCCCCCUAAUUCCUUCCCUCUCCCCAAAAAUGAUUAUAUUUACUGGUAAGUUUAUAGCCAUGCCCAUAAGAUAUGAAUGCACUAGUUUUUUAUGAAUAGUGAUUUUAAAUUUCUUAAGAUGUGUAUAAGUUAGAGAUUAUUUAUUAAAAAUAUUUGGGUUGCCCCAUCAUUAACAAUCCUUUAGGAGGCAUAAAUAUAUACAUGUAUAUGUAUGAAGGUGUUAUAUUUUUGUUAAUUGUUUAUCAUUACUGCAUAUCUCGGUUCUAUACUUAUGUUGUCAAAUAUAAUCUUGUCAUGAUUGUUUUUUAUUUGUUUUUUUUUCUUUGUGAAUAAAGAAAUUAUACAAGA